GGAGGGGGACGGCUGGGGUCCGGCCCCGAGACGCGGAGCAAGAGGGGGCAGAGCGGCCUUGAGCGCAGCGCGACGGGUGCGGACGGCCGAGGCGGCGCGGGGCGCGUCCCAGGCAGCUCUUCAACCGGGUCUUCUGUCCACGGCUGCAACCCAGCAAACCUGCAGAAUGGCUGCCAACAAGAACAAGAGCCAGAGCUCCUUGGCUCUCCACAAGGUGAUCAUGGUUGGCAGUGGAGGUGUUGGCAAGUCAGCCCUGACUCUUCAGUUUAUGUAUGAUGAGUUUGUGGAGGACUAUGAACCUACCAAAGCUGACAGUUACAGGAAGAAAGUGGUUCUUGAUGGAGAAGAAGUUCAGAUCGAUAUUCUGGAUACGGCGGGCCAGGAGGACUAUGCAGCCAUUCGAGACAACUACUUUCGGAGCGGGGAAGGCUUUCUCUUAGUGUUCUCAAUCACAGAACACGAGUCCUUUACAGCAACGGCUGAAUUCAGGGAACAGAUUCUCCGGGUUAAGGCCGAAGAAGAUAAAAUCCCGCUGCUAGUGGUGGGCAACAAGUCGGACUUAGAGGAGCGGAGGCAGGUGCCCAUUGAGGAGGCCAGAAGUAAAGCCGAAGAGUGGGGUGUGCAGUACGUGGAGACGUCGGCCAAAACACGCGCCAACGUGGACAAGGUGUUCUUUGACCUGAUGAGAGAAAUCCGAGCCAAGAAGCUAUCAGAAAACAAAGAGAAGAAUGGCAAGAAAAGCAGCAAGAACAAGAAGAGUCUUAAAGAAAGGUGUUGCUUACUCUGAAUGCCCAGACGGACGGUGGACCACAAGGCAGUUGCCACUGAGGACAUGAGAAGGUUGCGUUUGACUUCCGUGAUUGUGCUCCGCUCUCCCCAGCCUCACUCACACACACUUCUUUACACUGAGGAACAAUUUGCCAGUCUGGCUAGCAGCCAUAAUAAGUCCUGUUCUUGCAAUGGAUGGCUACUUGGUCAGGAAGUUUUGUUUUUUACCUCCUCGUAACUUUCUUUAAUCGCAUGAGCAAUGCUACAGGUAGGAGGUAGUCUUAUAAAAAGAAAAAGUAUUGCCACAACAUUGUAUUUUAUCCUAGUUUUAUAACAUUGGCAUCCUUUUUUAAGUUAUCUUAUUAGAUGUUACAAAAAGGGGGUGGGCAAGGCUUCUUUUCACUUCAGCAGUAAUCGGAGCAAUUUGUUAAGCCCCGAUAACAGGAACUUCAAAGAUUAAAAACACAAGUUUCUUGGCUACACUCUGUGAGUCUGAAGCAUAGCUUAAAAAACAAAUUUGAAUUGGAUCAAAUCGGUCAACACCAAGCUUACCGACCCAUCUGAAAUAGGAACCAAUUUCAUUGUUUUCUUUACAUUUACAAGUUGAACAGUGUUGGAUAUUUGUUUCCUGUAGUAUCCUGUUUUUUGGUAAGAACUUAUUUUUAGUAGAUUAAGUGAAGAUUUGAGAGUAGUAUACUUUAUAAAUGAAACUUUUUUCGAAUCCAGAUUUUUUUGGGUAAGUUUGGCUAAAUCCUUUUCUAAUUGCCAGCCACAUUCUGUGAAGCCCUCCUUCUCUAUGAGUGCUUACUGAAUUAUUUCAGUCUGCCCCACCAGACUGUCACUCUGCUUGCAGAUACCCACGGUCCCUCUUCUGUACCUUUCAAGUGGAACACAAAUUCUUCUGAAGAAUGUGUUCAAGUUGUCCUCUACAAUCAUGACACCAGGCCUGUGCCGGACGCGGUGCCCCCCUCUGAGGACAGCUCAGCCCCUCCAAAUCUCAGUGAGGAAAGAGGGACAGGGUCAGACAGGCCACUGUCCCAUUAGCGUCGGAAGAUUGGCAGUUCCUCAGAAUUGGCUGUUCUUUUCCAUUGCUUUCCUCUGAGAUAGCCAUAUACUUAAUUAGACGAAGAUUUUUACCAGUGAGAUACUGCUGUGUCAAUAUUUCUCUUAUCAGUGUUGUAAAUUCAGCAAUCAGAAGUAAUGCCAUCAAUAAGGGAAUUUUGUGAUAAAUACUCUAUUCUCAGGAUACUUUUCGGAAAUGACAUAUCAUGUGUGGGUGCCAAAAGGAAGUUGGGGAGGGGAGAGCCAGGACCUUUCAAAUGUAUGGUUAUUCUAGGAAUUGUAGCAAUGGUGAUCUGACAAAAAAACAAUCUUGUAUCCCCUCCAAAAAAUCAUGGACUUUUUUGAAUAAAAAUAUACAGACAAGUA